GUUGCUGUCACUUUAAUGAUAUCGCGAGCUGUGAUUGGUCACAACGGCAGGAAAUGUGUUGCUCUUCCUGUGUUAUUGUCACUACACUACACAAUAAUGUUGCCAGUCGGUAAACGAUUGGUGAAAUAAUUUAAAGGCAAAUUUAACUGAGUGGCGUCAUUUACACUCAUAAUAUUGAGACGAAACCUAAUGGUGACGACAUGAGGACAUCUGCCGAGCAGAAAUCUUUUCUUGAGGCAAAGAGAGGACAGAAACAACACGAUGCGGUCAUCGCUAAAACUGAAAAUGCACUGGAGCUGGAUGGUGAGGAAGGCUCCGAUGAGGUUAAUACUAAUGUAGAUGGAAUUAAAAUCCAAAUCAAGGAGGAACCAUAUUCACAGGAGAUCAGCGAGGAGCACAAUGGAGACACAACAAGAAGUUUAGACACUACGCCUGACACCGUGACCUCUGUAUCAGCUGUUCACAGUCAUCAGAGACAUAUAAAGCAUGAGUAUGACUCUGGCCAUCAGCCAGAAUAUGGAUGCAGUGAAGUUUCUGUCAAGGAGGAGUCAGAAUCAUGGAUUAAAGAGGACGGAGAGAAUGAAGAGGAAGCAAAUAAUGGAGAGGGAGAGGAGGUCUGCACAGAGUCAUCGUCUGACUUUUUCCCAUGUCCUCACUGCACCGUCUCCUUUACCGACUUUGACUUCUUGGAGAAGCAUGUCAAGUGGGUCCAUCAGAAACAGUAUCUUGCCAAACUAAAAAAAUGCCUCUCAAGCCGCACACUAAACCUCAUCUCCAAACACACCUGCACAGUCUGCAGCAGCACCUUUAACUCUAAAGUUCACCUUAGGGUUCAUGUUCGUGAAACCCAUCCCUCAGCUCCUCCUCGCAGGCUACACCCCUGCCCAGCCUGUGCCCGUAGCUUCCAGUACCUGAAGAAUCUGAAGAACCACUGUCAGCGCUGGCACAACAUGUCUGUGGUUACCAUAGGAGGACAUCUAAGCUGCGCUGACUGUGGCAAGAGUUUCAAAGCUACCUGGGGUCAGGGUCCUCAUUUGUGUCAUGAAUCGAACAACACGGAACCUGAGGAUAAACCAAUCUGUCUGGACAUUGGUGUGCCAUGUCCAGAAUGUGGUAAGAAACUGCGCACACCCCAAAGCCUAGGAGAUCACAUGCGCACACACACAGGUGACCGACCAUUUGUCUGCAAGGAUUGUGGCAGGAGGUUCGUGGAGCGCAGCGGUUGGCGGCAACACAUGAAAAUACACACAGGGGAGAAGCUGUACAAAUGUCAGGUGUGUGGGAAGGCUUUUUUAAGGUCACACCACCUCAAGUGCCACUUAACAACACAUUCUGGCAAGAAGGAAUAUUCUUGCUCUGAAUGUGGAAAACAGUUUGGACUCAAGUCAAGUCUGAAUCUCCAUCUGAAGACGCAUUCCAGUGAGAGACCCUUCCACUGCAAUGUGUGUGGGAAGAACUUCAACACCCGGAGAAACCUGAGGGUUCACACCAAACUCCACACCAAUGAAAAGGCUCACCAGUGUGGGGACUGUGGGUUAAAGAUUGGAGACCUUGGGGCUUUGAAAAUACACUUGCGGACACACACUGGAGAAAGGCCUUACCACUGCACAGUCUGCGGUAAUAGGUUCAUUCGCCUUUCACAUUUGCGAAACCACCAGCGCACCCACACUGGUGAGCGACCCUACAAAUGCACUGAAUGUAACAAGAGUUUCACUCAGUCUGGAGACCUGGUGAAGCAUAAGAGAAUACACUCUGGGGAAAAGCCCUUUGAAUGUCCAGACUGCCACCGCUGUUACACUUCCUCUGGCGAUCUGGGCAAGCACAGGAGAAGUCACACUAACCUGCGGCCCUACACAUGUCAAGAAUGUGGAAAGAGCUUUCGCUUGUCAGGGCAUCUGAAAACACACAUGCUAACUCACACAGGGGAGAAGCCAUAUUCCUGCCCCAACUGCCUCCGCAGGUUUGCUCGUUCUCACCACCUGUCUGGGCAUGUGGCUAAAUGUCGCUGAGCGUUUCGAGACUAUUGUAAAUAAUCUAGUCAGUUGAGGUCAGAAUGGUAAUUACUGAAGCUGUGUACUGUAUACUAGAAUUUGUAAGGAACGUGUUAAAGUCUAAACUCAUUUGUAAAUAAUUAUUUAUAUGAACUGUCUGUUACUCUCAUGUCUCGGAUGACUGUUCUAACUUAUUACAAAUGAACUGAACAAGACUAGGGCCUAACAUUUGUUACUGCAUGGAACUAUCCUAAAACAUUAUCCCAGGCCUUGUAUGAAUUAUCCUCAGUGUAAGUCUAAACUGGUUUUGCAAGACACUAAAAUAAUGGAGGGGUGAGGGUAUGGUAUAAUGCUGACAUCAGCAGAACAUGCUCCAAUCAUUACUGUAUAGUCUGAAAAGAUUUAAUAAAUUAUUUGAAGAAUGCAUGAACACUGUGAUGCUAUGUUGCUGUUUAAGUCAGUGGGAGAGGCCAAAUUAUUUAAAGCAAGUGUUAAUUUCCUACAAUGAUAAUGAUCAUAUAUCUGUAGAAACUGAAACUUGGACAGUUCUCUUGUAUAAAAAUGGCAAGAAUAAGAGAUGCUAAAGAUUACUGACAAAUUUAAGUGGUCUUUUUGUUUCAAAGACAAACCAAAUAACACCGCUGGGUAACAAUGUGAUAAUUAAAACAAAGAUGGUGGCCCUGUGGUUCAGAAUGUUUCAGUUUUUGUUGAAAUUGUUUUAAAUGUAUGAAUUCAGUUAUAUGUUAAUUAUUGAGUUGAUAAUUAAAGGUGAUGUACUGGACUAUGUUAUAUUCAGAGGUGUUUCAAUAUUUUUGUUCUCCCCAGCUACAUACAUGAGAGGGUCAGAAUAUUAGGAACGCCUCUGAAGUGCAUACAGUUAACCUGGCCUGGCAGGGAUUGCGGGCACUUUGACCAUGUUAUAUAGGCUACCUACAGUUAUACACAGGCCUAACUACUUGUGGAAGUACUGACAACUGCAGUAAUAAAUAAUUCU